GUCAACAACAUUUUUACUGAACUGAUAAGCGAAAUGAAUAGAUUUAUCGGAAGUUUCUGCUUGUAAUUCAUUAAUUCAAGUCUAAUUUCGGUUGUUCAUUUUCUGAGAAGUGACCUUACUGCUAAUAUAAAUUAAAACAACAACAGUAGAGUAAAUAUUAGCGCAUUCAACGUUCACAAGAUUUAUUGAAUAAAGUAGAAACAACUCAACAGAGAACGAUUAUCUAGUCUCGUCGGUGCCCUCAGAUUAUUAAUUAGAGCAGAAUUACAUGCUGUGAAUUCAAGCCUUCAUUUUCACGACGAUAAAUUUACGAAUUCAUUCCGGCCAAAAUGUCAUCGAGUAAUUGUGGCGCGAUUUGUACAUUGUGCAAAGAAUGGGAUAACACUGAAAUUGAAGUCCAUGAAGCAAAUCAUGCAUGGAUAAUUAAUCAUUUUGAUUUCCACGAAGCUGAAGGAAAAACUUUGUUUUCUUCUGAAUUCUCGGCUGUUGGAAAUGAUGAGGUUAAAUGGAAACUGAAGCUGAAACCAAAUGGCGAAACCGAUGCCAAAGAUACAAUUUCUCUCUACUUGAGCCUCUGCAGUCCAAGGACUGAGAAAGUGUACGCGAAAUUCAAUGCUUUCGUUAUGGAUUCCCAGCAUGAAAAAGUAUCUAUUUCAAAGGGUGAGAUAAAGGGAUACGAUUGGGCGAAUAAAAUGAAUCCUAGUUGGGGCCGUAGAGAAUUUCUGAAAAAGGACGACAAUUUUAGAAACAACUAUUUGGUCAAUAUGAAGUUGACGAUCAUUUGCGAAGUAAAUUUUUCUACGGUACGCGAUGUCAUUAGUGACACAUUGCAUCAGUGUAAAACAACUCAACUAUAUCCAAGCGCUCCUCUUUGCAAUCUCAUCGAAGACUUUGGGCAGUUAUUGAAACGCGGUGAAUCGGCAGAUGUCAUACUUUCUGUAGAUGGUCAAGAGUAUCCAGCUCACAAGAUUAUUUUGUCUGCGCGAUGUCCAGUAUUUGCUGCUAUGUUCAAACACGAUAUGAAAGAAAACGGACAAAAUCGUAUCGAUAUCGAAGAUAUGACUGCAGGAACGGUCGUCGAAUUUUUGAAGUAUAUUUACACCGGAAAAUGUGAAAAUUUGAAAAAUGUAGCGGAAGGUUUGCUGGCAGCUGCUGAUAAAUACGGUUUAGAUGGUUUAAAAAUGAUUUGCGCAGAAGAACUUAACAAGACGUUAUCUGUGGAAAAUGCUGCGAAUAUUUUGCUACUAGCGGAUAUGCAUGGCGUUAAAGAACUGAAAUCUGAAUCGAUCAAGUUCAUCGUUUCUAAAUUUAUCAAAGUGUUCAAUUCCGCAGCUUGGAAAAAUAUCGUUCUUGAGCAUUCUAGUUUGGCGAAUGAAGUGUAUGAAGCGUUAUCACUACGUACAACAUCCAAUGGAUGAUUGAAUUGAAGAUUUAUCAGCUCAUGAAGUGUUCUAAAGAAGUACUUAAUAGAAGUUUCAUGUUAUGCGGUACAUCGAAGUUACCUAUACUUUUUAAUUGAAAUUAAUCAAUUCGUUGUAUUUCCUAGUUUAUUCCUCAACAGGCUGUAUUCGUGUUUUCUAUUCUAUCGAUUUCUUUUCAGCAUUCUUAAUUUUAUAUCUUUAUUGCGAUUUUUUUUUGAACCAUUUAAUUUAGAUUUGUUUGAUUAUUUUGUCUCUGUUGGUUCUUUUAACUUGCCCAUUGAUGAAAAUGAAUGGCAGGGUCAUGCCAAUAUAGAACCUUAUGCAGUUAUGUUUUCUAUUUGGUGUGAAUUAAUAGAUAAUAAAGUAUGGUACCCAUUUAUAUAUAUGACUGAGA